AAAAGGUCAUUGCUUUUUGAUUUUUUUCUUCUUUGUCUCUGCUGUCCCCUGAAGAUAUUUCAAAGUGGCUUCACUGGACUUAAUUCAAGUAAGUAGUGGUGGUUUCCAUCUGAUCCAUUCAGUUUUCAAUCCUUUAAAUGAUGCAUGUUGCCAAGAUUGGUAUGAAAGCCAUGCUGAGAGACAUCAAAUUUUGCAAAUUGCAAAAUCUUCUGAGAUUCUACUGUUCUUUGCUAGAAGUUUCAAGAACGGUAGAAUUGUUUAGCUGAUCAGAGCUUUGGAGGAGAGUUGAGUGGUGAUGCGUUGCAAGACCGCAAGAUAUGAGUCACUUAGGGCCAUUCUCAUUGAAUAACAAGGAAAAUAGAACAGGUGAAUUCAAAAGAACUAAAACUCUGUCUCUUCUAUGACUGCAAGCGAUGCCUGUACGCUAGCAAAAGUGGAAAGAAUCAUUCUCAUUGUUUUUUUUUUGUGUUUUGGGGCAACAUAUAUCGGAUUACAAUUCUUACAAGUUGUAGCAGGAACAUUUUAUAUAAGAAAGUUUGUGCAUUUUG